AAAGGACUUCGCUUGGAUGCCUCUACCCUCGACCGGAACCUUGCCAAGGCCGCAUUGCAACGCCUUGAUGGCAAAUCUACGCUCCUAUUUGCACACUACAGUACCAGCUCCGUUGACGGACGACGGAGUAGCGGUUGUCGAUCUCCGCUCCUAUCUUGCAAAGAUUGACCACGAGUACGCCACCCAAAGGUGCACCGAAACCGACGCGCCUUUGCUCUAUAUCCGCAUUCAAAUCGGAAAGGCAACCUGUAGUGCCUUGAUUGAUUGCGGAGCGUCUCACAACUUUAUGAGCCAAGCCUUUAUGGCCCGCGCAGGCCUUGGCCCGCGUGUUCGAAGGAAGACGCAACCCACGCAAGUCACACUCGCGGACGGCCGCACGCAAAAGUCAUUUGCGCCACUUGCAUGCAAGGCGGUGUCUUUUGACAUCCUCGACACCAAGUUCGACAUGAUUCUAGGCAUGUCUUGGUUGCGUAGCGCCGAUCAUCCGGUGAACUUUCAUGACCGAACCGUUCACAUCCGUGAUCGGAACGGAAUGUUAGUCCCAUGUACGGUCGCGACCUCUCACACUUCAAUUGCUUGUCACGUGGUUUCCGUUGCGAGAAUUCGCGACGCCAUUGCUCGGAAUGACGUCGAGGAGAUGGGCCUUGUAUUCUUGCAUGCUCUCCCCUCGUCGGACGGACCAGCCGCGUCACCGCCGGACCCACGCAUUUCUCACCUCUUGGACGAGUAUAGAGACGUCUUCGAGGCUCCCACCGCAACGGUUCCGGAUCGGCCCAUACGUCACGGGAUCACUCUCGAGGCUGGCGCCGUCCCUCCGCGUGGAUGUAUCUACCGCAUGAGCGAAGAGGAACUCGAGGUGCUUCGCGCACAACUCGAUGACCUUCUCGACAAGGGCUGGAUUCGCCCUAGUUGCUCGCCAUACGGUGCCCCUGUUCUCUUCGUCCGGAAGAAGAACAAAGAUCUACGGUUAUGCAUUGAUUAUCGGAAACUUAACGCACAAACCGUAAAGAACGCCGGCCCUCUCCCUCGGAUUGAUGAUCUUCUUGAGCGGUUAGGCGGCGCGACGUACUUCUCGAAGUUGGACUUGAAGUCAGGUUACCACCAGAUUGAAAUCCAGCCUCAAGACCGGUACAAGACCGCGUUCAAGACGCGGUACGGGCAUUUUGAGUGGGUUGUCAUGCCCUUUGGCCUCACCAAUGCCCCCGCAACGUUUCAAGCAGCGAUGACGACUGAGUUUCGCGACUUGCUCGAUCGCAGAGUCCUCAUCUACCUUGAUGACAACUUGGUUUACAGUAGGACGUUGGACGAGCACAUCGUACACCUUCGCGUUGUUUUGAAUCGUUUGCGGCUAGCCAAGUACAAAGCGAAUCUCGACAAGUGCGAAUUCGCCAAGCAAGAGCUAGAGUACUUGGGCCAUUUUGUCACGCCGAAAGGCAUUCGUCCCUUAGCGGACAAGAUCCAAGCCAUCGUGGAUUGGCCGGAACCCCGUUGCACGACGGAUGUACGCUCUUUCAUGGGUUUGGCUGGAUAUUAUCAGCGAUUCGUCGAGUCAUACUCGAAAGUGGCUGCUCCUUUGUCGGGACUUCAGUCCCCGAAGGUGCCCUUCGAGUUCGACGACGCAGCCCGUGGCGCGUUCACUACGUUGAAGGCAGCAAUGCAAGCCGCACCUGCCCUCCGUAUACAUGACCCCACCCUWCCCACCCAAGUGACUACGGACGCUUCAGGAUACGGUAUUGGUGCGGUGUUGGAACAGUGUCACGAGGACGGUUGGCAUCCGGUCGAGUACUUCUCCCAAAAGGUGCCUCUCGUAAACACUCUCAACGACGCUAGGAAGAAAGAGCCACUCGCGUCCGUCACCGUUCUCAAACGGUGGCGCCACUUUCUUCUCGGCCGUCGGCGUUUUAAAUGGAAUACGGACAACAAUCCGUUGACCUUUUACAAAACGCAGGAUACGGUCACUAGCACGAUCGUUCGAUGGAUGUAUUACAUCGACCAGUUCGAUUUUGACCCGUGCCACAUUCCCGGUCCCGCCAAUCGAGCUGCGGACGCCCUCUGACGACGGCCCAACUUUUGUGCCAUUGUGACCACGGCAUUCGACCGUGAUGACGAUCUGCAGCCGCAUUUCGUCAAAGGCUACAAGACCGA